ACUGCGGUAAAGAGAAGCGUAGAAGAAGAAACUCAAUUCAGUGGGCGGGACAAACGAAAACAGUAGCGAUGUUAGCAAACCGUAAGUUUUCUCGCCCCAAAAACAACGUAGGAUCAUUCAUCAAAGAUGAGUUCGUUCGCGGGUCGAAUGAAGGAAUAUCCGACUAUUUCUCUGGACCGGUUCGACAGAGAGAACGUACAUGCACGCGCAUAUUUCCUCUCCCACUGUCACAAAGAUCACAUGAAAGGACUGAAGGGACCUUUACUGAAGAGGAAGCUGCAGUUCAGUCGCACAGUCAGACUCUACUGCUCCUUCGUGACCAAAGAACUCCUGCUGAGUAAUCCACGCUACAGAUUCUGGGAAGAAUUCAUCGUUCCGCUGGAGCUGGAGAGCCCGACUCAGAUCUCCUUAGUGGACGAGGCUUCAGGAGAGAAAGAGGAUGUGGUGGUGACGUUACUUCCUGCUGGUCACUGUCCCGGCUCCGUCAUGUUCCUGUUUGAGGGUUGCCAUGGAAAUGUAUUGUACACAGGAGACUUCAGGUUUUCUGUCGGAGACGCGUCCAGAAUAGAACACCUUCACUCUGGCAGCAGGGUCAAAGACAUUCACAGUGUUUAUCUUGACUCUACGUUCUACGACCCACGCUUCUAUCAAAUACCCACUAGGGAAGUUUGUCUGAACGGGAUCUCAGAGCUGAUCAGAAACUGGAUCUGUCAGAGUUCGUAUCACGUGGUUUGGCUCAACUGUAAAGCUGCGUACGGAUAUGAAUAUUUAUUCACGAACCUGGGAGAAGAGUUCAACACUCAGAUUCAUGUCAACAAUCUGGACAUGUUCAAGAAGAUGCCGGAGAUUCUGAGCUAUGUGACGACUGAUCGUAGGACGCAGAUCCACGCCUGUCGACAUCCCAAGGAUGAGGAGUUUUUCCAUGGUAACCGGUUGCCGUGUGGUUGUUCAGCCGUUGAUGGGUCUCCUCUUCGUAUCAUUAGCAUCAAACCGUCCACCAUGUGGUUCGGAGAGAGAACCAAGAAAACCAACGUCAUCAUCAAGACAGGAGGAAGUUCCUUCAGAGCCUGUUUCAGUUUCCACUCCUCGUACUCUGAGAUUAAAGACUUCCUGUCGUAUCUUCGGCCGGUCAACAUUUACCCCAGUGUCAUCCCCAUCGGUCGCACGCUGACCGAGGUCACACAGAUGUUGAAGUUAAUGAGCAGAAACCUAACAGAUUCUGAAGCGUUUGUUUACAAACCUCUGGGCAUCCUGAAACGCAGCCGGAAGGAGCAAGAGACCUGUGAUUCAGGCAGCGACGACGACCUGUUUGACCGAGUCAACUUGGCACCAGUGAGGAAGAAGAUGGGGCUGAACCAGGAAGUCAAUAAAAAGGAAGUUAAUAGUCCUGAGAGAACAGCGCCUCCUGUGUCCGGGGAGGAUUCUGUGCCUCUGACAGUCAAAUCUGAUCCUCGCAACUUUGUUGACUGCACCGAGUCCAACGAUGAAGAAGAAGAAGAGGAGGAGGACGAAGUGCGGGGAGGAAGAGGUGACACCAGAGUCACGGAGGACGAGGACGUAAAAGAGAAGACGGAAGACGCAAAGAAAGAGACUCUAAAGUGGGAGGACUUCUUCACCACGGGAAUGUUAACAGACAGCCAGAACAGCCAAUCACAGUCCUGCUCUUCCAUCGCCAACACCUCCCCCUGCAGGAUGAGUGGCUCACAGACGCCCGAACUCUUCAGCGAACAAGAAGAAGAAGGAGCAGCGUUUGACGGCCAAGACGAGAACUUCAGCCUGACUCUGUCCGCGUCUCUGUCCAACCAUUCCUCGCAGAACAUGGACUCAUGUCUGCCCGACACCGUGAUCCUCCAGCCGGAGGCGGAGCCUCACGGACAAGGAGACGAAGCGAUGGGCAGUGGCAUGUUGCGGAAGGCGGAGUGCGACAGUCCGGUCCUCGUCCAGUCAGAACAGGAGCUAAUGUCGUCUCAGGCGUCAUCUGACUUCGAUGUUCCCUCCACGCCAGAGUCGAAGGCACCGCAGCCCGACAUACUCUUGCAGCUGUACAGGAAGUUAGCAUCAGGAGAGGAAGUGGUCGUCUGGAAAGGAAGGCAGGGAUUUGCAUGACUAUUUUCCAACUAAGAUGUCGAUAUUUGACGAUAUUUUGUCGCUCGCGUAGUUGGAGAAAGUAGAGUAGAAGUUGCUAAGCACCAACUCUGAUUGUUUAAAAACAUGAAAACAGAGGUGAGUUCAAGUCUCACAGACCAGGACCAGGAUUCAUUUGAGUAUGUAAUCCCGCCAACAUUCCAAGUAAUGCUAUUUUUUUUUGUCCAAUUUGAAAAUAGUUGUUUUUGUGACCAAACACAUUAGUAUUAGUCAGGGCUCCCCCUGGUGGAGAGUUGUGGAUAGACACUUGUUUCUCUGGCUGAUCCUGUUUCUCUUUCUGCAGAAACUGAAAAAGUCCUUGAGCUUCUGCUGCACUUUACUGUUUGACAUGAUUCCUGCUUCAGUUUAACCACAAACCUCUUGACACACACACACGUGCACUUUACAUUUAUGUUCUAUAUUGUGAAAUUGCACCUGUGAACAUUAUCGUUAACGUUUCCUCUGCUGUUGACAGUUAAUGUUUUCAUUCUCAACUGAUAGUAAAGACUUAAUUUUAAA